AAAAAAAAAAAAACAUGGGGUGGUCAUCCCGUUUGUCCUGGAUUGCAGUAUUUUUUUCGGUCGUUAACGCGACGGUUUUUUCACAGCGAGUGGUCAGCGUUAACCGGGGACCGGACGAUCGACCGGUUCGGUUUGACGGGCAUCGUUUGUAUCGGGUGCGUCCGACUGGUUCCGAUGAGCGUAGAAUUUUGAGGGAAAUUUGGGACGACGAGGGUUACUCUGUAUGGAACAGCUUGUAUCUGGACGAAAGAGUGGACGUUAUGGUCUCGCCGGAGAAAUUCGAGAGCUUCGAAAAACUUGUGGAAGAAAAGAAUUUAGACGUUUCCGAACUUAUGAACGAUGUACAGAGUUUCAUCGACCAGGAGAAUCCUCUUUCGAACCUCAGAGACGUUUUCGGAUGGAAAGCUUAUCACGAACUCGAUCAAAUCUACAGAUGGCUCGACACUCUGGCCGGCGAAUAUCCGAACCUGAUAACUCCUCUCGUCGGGGGUAGCUCUUACGAAGGCAGGAAUAUUACCGGUGUAAAAUUAUCCUUCGGGGAAGGAAAUCCCGGGGUAUUUCUCGAAGGUGGCAUUCACGCAAGGGAAUGGAUAUCGCCGGCUGUCGUCACAUUUAUUUUGAACGAGUUGAUUACCAGUAAAAAUCCCGACGUAAGAGCGAUCGCCGAAUCGCACGACUGGUACGUUUUUCCGGUUUUUAAUCCCGACGGAUACGUCUACACGCAUAAAGUGAAUCGACUGUGGAGAAAAACCAGACAACCGUAUUCGUUCGGAUGUGUCGGCGCCGAUCCGAAUCGAAACUGGGAUUUUCACUGGAAAGAAACUGGUGCCAGUUCCAGCCCAUGCAGCGAGAGUUUUGCGGGGAGCGCUGCAUUUUCCGAAAUAGAAACCCGAACGAUGUCAGAGUUUGCAACGACACUGAGAGAAAAGAUUUUCGCUUACAUCGCGUUUCACAGUUACAGUCAGGUUUUACUUUUUCCGUACGGUUUUACGAACGAUCACGUUGAAAAUUAUCAAGAUUUGGUGGACAUCGGGAACGCUACCGUCGAAGCACUCAAAAGGAGGCAUAACACUCGGUACAGAGUUGGAAGCGUGGUUGAAAUAAUGUACCCAGCUAGUGGAAACUCCAUGGAUUGGGUUCGAGGUGCUUUAAAAAUCCCCGUGACCUUUACCUACGAAUUGCGAGACCGGGGAAGAUUUGGAUUUAUCUUACCGGCCGACCAAAUCGUACCAACAGGUGAAGAGACCUUGGAUUCUCUCGUAGCUUUGCUCCAGACAUCCCGACGAAUCGGCUACGGAAGUGAAGUGGUGUGACGAAUGUGAUGAAAAUAGAUUUCCAUACGUUACCUGAGUAGAUUAGAAUAUUUCCCCGAUUAUCUUCAGUCUCUGAUUUCAUCGAUUGUUUGCAAUUGCAGCCCCAUUUUAUUCAACUUAAAAAAUAUAACGUACUUAUUGAAA